GCUAAUGUAUACACACGCACAAUUUUUCGUUGGGCCACUGUUUUUGUUACGGACCUCCCUCAAUGGGAUUAGUGCUUUAUUCCACUCCAUAUGAAAAAAAUUAUUGAUGUUAUCGUGACAUCGAAAGACCUUACAGAUUUCUUGUAUGAUAAGUAUAGUUGUUUGGCGCGAAUUCUGUGUUUGAUAACAUUGGGAGUUUUCCAUAACAGUGUUACUUUAUUUUUUUUAAAAAAUGCUCAUUGUUUUGAGGAUAGCAGAAAAGAAUAGGGCUGUAGACAAUCGUAUUGCAAAAAAAUACGUUUUUUAAUUACAUUGCAUUCAAUAAACCGAACAGUUCCACGCUGUAAUAGUAACUUGUCGACCAACAGGACAUUUUGAUUUAUAGUUAUUUGGAAUUAAAUGUGUUAUGUAAACAUAAAGUUCAAACAGUAGCAGUUUUCCCAAACGAAUUCCUUUGCCAGAAAAGUUUGUGCGUUUUAUAUCACCGAAAAUACAAAGCUGGUGUAGAAAUAUAUAGCCCAGCCCAGUCAUGAAUAAUACUCAAGAUACUAUAAUUUAAUCCAAAUCUUAAUAAAUGCAUAAGCUUAAUAUACGAUAUCAAGUCACCAUUCGAGGCUCAAUUGCCCAUAUUUGUAUGAAGGACUGUACCGUUUGAUAGUUCAUGCUGAAGAACCUUCCUGUUUGUAGGAUGGGGCCUACACAAUAAAUAAAUAAAACUAAGUAUUGGUGUUAAUCUCAUCAGCCUCAUCUCUACCUUCUUAUGAUCAAAUGUGUUCGUUUUGUUAUUUUCCUUUAAUUCUGCCUGUACACUUGAUUGAGCAUGCUUCUUCCCCUUGUGAGUUGUUUUCCAUUUGUGUUUUUGUUCAUUCUCAGUUAAAGACAUAGGAACAUCGACAGCUGCUUUUCCAUUAUGAAGUCCUCCAUGCAAGGGUCAGGAGCAAGCUUUAGACUUACUAAAAGUCUUACAGAAAUUGCCAGUGAACUUGGAGGUUUUGACAAAGACAAGGAUUGGUAUGACUGUUAAUGCCCUCCGAAAGUCUAGUACAGAUGAGGAAGUGAUAAGUCUUUCAAAGACUUUGAUAAAAAACUGGAAGAAGUUUCUUUCAGGAUCCAGUACACCAAACAGUAAAGAUUCGGGAAACAGUUCCAAAAAGACAAAAGAGAAAGAUGAGAAACCUAAGGAGACUGAAAACAAGGAAAAAGAAAAGGAGAAGAAGCCUGUUCCAACGACAUUCCCUCCUGUGUCUUCAAAUACAACUGAUGCAGUUCGCCUAAAGUGUCGGGAAUUGCUCGCUGUGGCAAUUAGAGGGGAUGGUGAAAUACCUGAGGGAUGUGCAACUCCGGAAGAACUGGCGGAGGAACUAGAAGAAGCAGUCUUUCACGAGUUUCGCAACACUGAUAUGAGAUAUAAAAACAGAAUACGUAGCAGAGUUGCAAAUCUAAAAGAUGUAAAAAAUCCUGGCCUCAGGAUGAAUUUCCUUGUGGGGGUCAUAUCUGCCAAUAAAUUAGCUGUAAUGACAGCAGAGGAAAUGGCAAGUGAUGAGAUGAAGAGCUUAAGGAACAAGUUCUUGAAGGAGUCUAUCAAUGAUGCCCAGCUGGCUACUGUUCAGGGAACAAAGACAGACUUGUUGAAAUGUGGGAAGUGCAAGAAGAGGAAUUGUACAUAUAACCAGGUUCAGACAAGGAGUGCUGAUGAACCUAUGACAACAUUUGUGAUGUGUAAUGAAUGUGGAAACAGAUGGAAAUUUUGUUAAAAGAUCUCUCACAGUAAAACUACUUGAAAUGUUCGCAUGUUAAUUGCCCACGAAUGUUAGAGACCUAUAACUUGAAGCUAAAAUGUGUGUUCAUUAUCCUUCAGUAUGUUAAUGUCUCCAUUUUAUUGCUUACAUGAUAAGACUUAAACAGUGUAAGAUGAUUGUACAAAUUUAACUUCAUUUGGGGUUGUGUGGUGCUAGAUUCACAUGACACGUUCAUGAUACUGAUCAAAACUGUCCAGAAUCAAUAUAAAUUAUAAACAAAUAUUCCACCAGUGAUUGAUAUUCACUUUUCAUCAGGUCGUACAUCUGUUGCAUAAAUGUUUCACAGUGGUGUGUAAGCUAUCGGAAGCAUUCUAUAAACUUAUAAUUGUAUAAAAAAGAAAUCCAAAUAUGAUUCAUGAUUGCAGCAUCAGGUUGCUUUUUGUUUUCACAAGUCGUCGUAUAAGUAAUGCAGUGGUGAGAUUCCACACUCGUUUAAAUGUAAUCAAGAAUGUGAUUCUUGUAGACCAAGACACUUUAGGGUUAAUGAUUACUGAUGACAUGCAGUAAGACAGGUUUACUGUACACUUUCACAUUUAUUAUUUGCUUUUCCCUUUUUUUGUUUUGUUUUUGAUUUUUAGUGGUAACUUAAUAAUCUUCCAUUUCACUCCUCCACCCUCCUCCCUCCCUCCCUCCCUCCCUCCCUCCCUCCCUCCCUCCCUCCCUCCCUCCCUCCCUCCCUCCCUCCCUCCCUCCCUCCCUCCCACCCUUCCUCGCUUGCUCCCUCCCUCCCCAUUCAGCAUUAUUCUUCUUGAAAAGUGAAAGGAAAAUUCUGGGAAUUUAUGCUUCUACUUUUCCUUUCAAACAGUUAUUCUCAUUUCCGUAGCUGGUAUUUCUAUACCAGGUAGAGCUUUGUCUAUAAUCUUUGUGUGUGUGUUUUGAGUGAAUAUUAAUGUUAUAAAGUCAUUACAUUUAUUGUAGUAACAAUAAAUUAAGAUAAAUCUGUUGAAAUUGGAGAUCCUUGGAGGUCUUGGUGCUACAGUAGUUGUGCACCAGUUUAUGGUCUUGGAUACAUUUUGAUCAGAAAUCAUGCUUUUGAUGUAAAUACAGAUGUUGCUUUUUUGUGUACUCAUUGAUGACAAUUAUGUUUUAAUAAAAUUUUUUACAUACAUUGUUUUAAUCCCAAGAUGAACUUGUGAGCAAUGUAUCAGACACACUGUAUAAUAUUGAGAAUGACAUAUAGUUGUGUUAGCUAUUACAAAUAAUAUUACAUAGAGUGGGUUAACUGAGUUUUCAGUACCUUGUGCACUUUUGUUUGCUAUCAGCUCAUUGAACUCCGUAUCACAGUAUCUAUUUCUAUUCAAUUUAAUGCCAAGUUCUGUGACAUCAGUGCUAAUGUGUUAAAUAUAAACUUCAAGGUCUGUGCUUCAAACACUUAUUUGAAUUUGUUUUUGUUCAGUAACUCAGUAGAACUGUAACAUAAAAUAAAUUCUUUACUUUGUA